UUAAUGAUAAUCAAUGUCCCCAGCCGAUCAUCCAUCUCUGCCAUGUCCCCGUCAAUUCGUCGUUAGACUUUCUCUAUUCUCAGGACCCGCCGAUUGGAAGCAUCUGUUUCUGUUAAGAGCCGUAAAUCACCUUGCUCUCGUUCCUCGCCCCUUUUCUUUCUCUAGAAAAUUCAAUUCUUGAUUUUCUGGAGAAAGUAAGGGUCAUAGUAAUUACACAAUGAGCUUUCAGGAUAUUGAAGCUGGCCGGCCUUUCGCUCCCCGGCGAAACCUCGGCAAUCCCAACCAAGAUCCUACCCAGGCCGUGGCUUCUGGUAUCUUUCAGAUCAACACCGCUGUUUCCACGUUUCAGAGGCUCGUCAAUACCCUCGGAACCCCUAAAGACACGCUCGAGCUACGCGAGAAAUUGCACAAGACAAGACUCAAUAUCGGGCAAUUGGUGAAGGAUACAUCUGCUAAACUCAAGCAGGCUAGUGAAAUAGAUCACCAUGUUGAAGUUAGCGCAAGUAGGAAGAUAGCCGAUGCUAAACUUGCAAAAGAUUUUCAGGCAGUUUUGAAAGAAUUUCAGAAGGCACAGCAGCUUGCAGCCACAAGGGAAACAGCCUACACUCCUUUUGUUUCACAAGCAAGUCUUCCUUCCAGUUAUACAGCCAGUGAGGUGGAUGUUAGUUCUGAUCAGACUUCAGAACGGCGUGCUCUUGUGGAAUCCAGAAGGCAAGAGUUGUUAUUAUUGGAUAAUGAGAUUGCCUUCAAUGAAGCUAUAAUUGAGGAACGUGAGCAUGGCAUUCAAGAAAUCCAACAGCAAAUUGGUGAAGUAAACGAGAUUUUUAAAGAUCUUGCUGUGCUUGUCCAUGAGCAAGGAGUCAUAAUUGAUGAUAUUGGAUCCAAUAUUGAAGCCUCCCACUCGGCAACUUCAGAAGCAAAAUCUCAACUCGUGAAAGCUGCAAAGAUCCAAAGAUCAAAUUCGUCCCUGACGUGCUUGCUCUUGGUGAUCUUCGGGGUUGUGCUCCUCAUCGUGAUCAUAGUUCUUGCUGCCUAGUCAAAGCUUAUGGCAAUUCAAAUUAUGAAGAAGACUUGUAUCUUUGUAACAGCAGAUGGCCUUCACUGAUUUCACAAUGUUUUACUGGAUUUCAUGGUUGACUUGAGUUUGACACAUCUUAUGUGGUAAUUAACCUGUGUGUGUGUGUGUGUGUGUGUGUGUUGAGGAUUCUGUAUGGGCUAUGUGUUUUCUUCUCUAUGUAGGAGUUUGGGUUAUGAUGGUGUGUCACCCUUCUUGUGUAGUGGCUCUCUGAUUAUUUAUUCAUCAUAAAAUAAUAUUUGAUUUGAUGAAUGCCCCUUUCCCUGUAAAUGCAACAUUAGGCCUCUUGGCGAUACGUUAACAUUCUCACUCA